AGAAAAAGUUUAGAGCUGGCGAGAUUUAAGGAAAAUCAAUCUGCGCCGGCUGAAACUCGGAUCUAACAUGAUCUUAUCGAUUAUUCUAAUUGAUCAAUUUUGGCGAGAAAUUCAUAGCGGAGUGCGUGCCAAGAUUCCUGCGAUUUCGACUCUCCCAUUCCCCACCACGACGCAAAGGAGUAGCGCUUCACUCCACGGCAGAUUCGAGCGGCGCCAGCGCAUACUCCAGACAAGACAAUCACCAAAUCGAGCUCGACUGCAAUCAUGGCCGACACAGACUCCUUCCUCCAUCUCGCGAGACCGCUUGGUCCCGCCCCAGUCGGCGCACAACCUUCAACCGCCCCUCUUAGUGUAGUCAUACAACCACAGGCCGUCUUCUCGAUCCUCGACCACUCUCUCCGCCGCAACCAAGACCAGGAACGCGUAAUCGGAACCCUUCUCGGAGUCCGCAGCGAGGAUGGCACCGAAGUCGAGAUCCGCAACUGCUACGCCGUCCCGCACACCGAAACCGCCGAGCAGGUCGAGGUCGACAUGGACUACCAGAAACAGAUGCUCGCGCUUCACCUGCGGGCGAAUCCGCGCGAGGUGCUGGUUGGCUGGUAUGCCACCAGUGCUGAGCUGAACACCUUUUCCGCCCUCAUUCAGAACUUCUACGGUCAGCAAGGCGAUGGUACAUGGCCGCACCCGGCGGUGCACUUGACUGUCAGCACGGUACCUGGGAAAGAGAUUGAGGCCAGGACGUAUAUCAGUGCGCCGAUCGGUGUGACAGCCGAGCGCGCGGCGGAUAGCUGUUUGUUCAUCCCGGUGCCGUAUGAGAUCAAAUAUGGCGAGGCCGACAAGUCGGGUCUUGAGUUGAUCGCCGGUGCGAAGGACCGUGAGGACCGGACACAGGGCAUGUUGACUGAUAUCGAGGCUCUUGAGCGUGCUAUCGAGCAAGUGCUAGAAAUGCUUGAGCGAGUAUCAAACUACGUCAGCAAUGUUCUGGAUGAGGAGACAGAGCCAAGUAGCGCACUGGGUCAGUUCUUAUUAAACGCCCUGAGCUUAGCACCCAAGGUCAACCCAGAGGACAUCGAGAGGGAUUUCAACAACCACAUCCAAGACGUCCUCGUCGUUGCCUACCUCUCCAACACCAUCCGCACACAAAUCGAUCUUUCGAACCGUCUUGCAACCGCCGCUCUUACUCUAGGCACCGGCGACGCUCUUGGGGGAGACGACAAACAAAAAGGUGGCGACCGAAGACAGAACAAGGGCAACCGAGGACAAAACAACAGAAACCAACAGCAGGAAGCAUGAGCUGUAGAUGUGUUUUACAUAUGAUACUGGGGGCACUCUGGAGCAUAAUAAUGCAUGUACGGAUUCACAAGUCCGUGGGCAGGGCGUUCUUAGAUUCGAAUGGGACAAUCCUAAGCUCUCCUGUAUUGGUCGUACUU